AUGAGUGAUUCUGUCGUGACCGUCUCGCGCGACGUGCUCACGUCGCUAAAGUAUCUGGACACGCGGCUUGUUGCGUCUUCGCUGGACGGGUCGCUCGCGUUUGUCGACGCGUCGCUCAAUGUGGACCGUGUCGUGCUGGACGCGCCUGUGCUCGACUCUGCUGUGCUGGACUCCACGGUGUACGCCGCACUGGCCAAUGGGUCUGUCCAGAAAGUCGGGUUCCCAGCCAAAGACGUACAGGCCACCUCGAUCGGCCACGAUCUGCCCGUCCAGUGCGUCGAAACACACCCGCGUCGAAACCUGGUCGUUUCCGGGUCCUGGGACAAAUCCGUCCAGAUGGCUGACCCGCGCAUCCACCAGCAGCCCACCGUGCUCAGAGUGCCCGGCAAAGUGUACGCGAUGGACGUCCACCAGCAGACCGACCGGUUUAUUGUGGGUCUAUCCAGUCGACAGAUCCAGAUCUACGACUUCCGCAAACUUGACCAGCCUGCCAGCGAGCUGGAAAACGGGUUCCGCUUCCAAACAACACAGAUCAAGUUCCUUCCAAGUGGCGCCGGGUUCCUGCAGAGCUCGAUCGAGGGGAAAGUGUCGCUGGACCUGUUCCAGGACACGGAAAAUAGCUACGCGUUCAAAUGCCACCGUCAGAAACUCGUUGUGGAGAACGAGGACAUCGACCUGGUCAACCCCGUCAACUGUCUGGAGCUGUACGACACGGAAUCUAAGUUCUUCACCGCCGGCUCGGACAGAUCCGUUUGUCUGUGGGACUACAAGUCGAAGAAACGGGUCAAACAGUACGCCAACUUCGAGAUGAGCAUUGUGGCCCUGGCCUAUAACCAAACGUCGCACCAGCUGGCCAUCGCCAUGAGCGACGACUCCUACAAAAAUAUGACCGGCAUCGACGACCAGACCAACAACAAGCCGGCCAUCGCGUCCAAAAUCGCAAUACGAAAUAUGCAUUCAUAA